AAAAAAGAAUGGCAAAAGCAAAAGUAUCAACUGGUUUAGAAAUGAAGACACCAGAACCAAACUAAUCUCUAUUUCAACAAUGGCUGUGAAAUUGAAUGGCACCGUUAGUGUGAAUUUAAGCCUGAAGCUAAACCCAUUAGCCAAAUUUGGAACAAAAACAGUUCAAUUUUCAAAGCCUCAAGCAAAGUUGCUGUUCAAAUCAUCAUCUUUAUGUAGAAAAGGUGUCAACUUUUGUAAGUGUUCUGUUUUGGAUGGGCAAAUAAUCUCAUUCACUGACUCCGAAACUCAGUUGAUUGAUGCGCUUCUUGGGAUUCAAGGCAGAGGCAAAUCCGCAUCUUCUCAGCAACUCCAGGAAGUGGAGCGUGCAGUUAAAGUGUUAGAAGGCUUAGAAGGCGUACCUGAACCUACAAACUCAAAUCUAAUUGAAGGUUGCUGGCAAUUAAUGUUCACAACUCGGCCCGGGACAGCAUCUCCGAUUCAGAGAACAUUUGUGGGUGUUGAUUUCUUUAGUGUCUUUCAAGAGGUACAACUUCGGACAAAUGAUCCGCGGGUAUCUAAUAUUGUAAGAUUCUCAGAAGCAAUAGGUGAGCUAAAAGUAGAGGCAGCAGCGGGGAUUGAAAAUGGCAAACGAAUCAAUUUCAGAUUCGACAGAGCAGCAUUUUCAUUCAACUUUUUGCCAUUCAAGGUUCCAUAUCCAGUGCCAUUUAGGCUUCUUGGUGACGAAGCAAAAGGUUGGUUGGACACUACAUAUUUGUCCCCAUCUGGAAGCCUUCGCAUAUCAAGAGGAAAUAAGGGCACCACAUUUGUGCUCCAAAAGAAAAUUGAACCUAGGCAAAGAUUGCUCACAGCCAUUUCCACAGGAACUCGAGCUCGAGAGGCUAUUGAUGAGUUCUUAUUGGUAAAUCAGAAUAUAGCUAAAGAUGAGCUAGAACUCCUCGAGGGGGAAUGGCAAAUGAUAUGGAGUUCACAGAUGGAGACAGAUAGUUGGAUAGAGAAUGCUGCCAAUGGUCUUAUGGGCAAGCAGAUUGUCAAAAAGAAUGGUCAGCUAAAGUUUUUGGUUGACAUCUUUUUUGGGCUUAGAUUCUCCAUGACUGGAACAUAUCAGAAAUCUGGUUCCAGCAAAUAUGAUGUUACCAUGGAUGAUGCAGCAAUCAUUGCUGGGCCAUAUGGAUAUCCUAUAGAGAUGGUAACAAAGAUUGAGUUAGAGCUACUGUAUAUCGAUGAGAAGCUCAGAAUUAGCAAAGGGUAUAAUGGCAUUGUUUUUGUGCACAUACGAACUGAUGGGAUGAAGCAGAAAUAGGCCGAAGAUUGAAUCUUUUGGUGAUUUUUAUUGUAAAUCUACAACCAUAAGCAAAGGGGAAUUGUAUUUGUGAGAUAUAGUUUUUUCUAAUUGAUAGGUUCCUUAUGAAAAUUAUGAGAUAUAAUUUGUCAAUUAACCUUUCAUGAGCUUAGAGAAAAAAAUCCCUUCUGCUCUUUUUUUU